AUGACGAAAUCCGACUCAGCAUGCAAAGUAGAUUCUUUUUCUCGGCCCUUUGAUGGAACUAUUUCAUAUUCCAAGUCCUCAACCACUCGUCUUCCAGCCUUUUCUUGCAUCUCGGCUUCUUCCACGGUAACUUCAACUGCCUCUGCUUCUUCAUUAUCGGUGUUGCCCAGUGGUAUAGACUCAAACGGUGUAGCUGCAGCGGCUGCUGCCGCGGCCUCUGUUCCUGCCUAUGGUCAACAACAUCCGCACUACGCUGCCAAGAGAGCUUGUUGGAAUCUGCGCCAGCAGCAGCAGCAGCAAUAUCAACAUCAACAGCAGCAACUAAUGCAGGCACGUCAACGCCGAUUAUCACGAAGCGACCUGCUUCCAUGCAACAUUGGUACUCGGCAAGGGGACGCUCCCCUCGUUUUGAUGCGAAAGACCUCAGUCCAAACAGAGAGUCUGGUUAGAGAUAAAAAUCGCUUAAAUUUAUCUCCCACCGUCAGGUCUGCGGAGAUAAAAUCCAUGGCCGGACCUGCACCUAGUAAGGUGCAAGUGGAGCCAGAGAGUUAA